ACAUGCUUCAGUGGCGGCGGCGCCUCUGCUGCUUUGCGAAGAUGACCUGGAAUACCAAAAGGUCUCUCUUCCGCACCCACCUCAUCGGCCUGUUCUCCCUGGUGUGUCUUUUCGCAAUGUUUCUGUUUUUCAACCACAACGAGUGGCUGCCGGGCAGGGUGGCCUUCAAGGAGAGCGCCGUGGCUUACACCGUGCGCGGCUUCCGCGCCGUGCGCGGCGAGGCCAACCUCAGCGCGCCGCGCGGCGCCGGGAAGGCCCCCCUGCCGCAGACACUCCGGCCUCAGGCCCUCGCCAACAGCAACGACACCGAGCUGUCGCCCCAGGGAGUUACCGGCUUGGAAAACACGCUCAGCGCCAACGGGAGCGUUUACAAUGAGAAAGGCACCGGGCAUCCAACCCUGUACCAUUUUAAGUACAUCAUCAACGAGCCUGAGAAGUGCCAGGAAAAGACCCCUUUCCUGAUCCUGCUCAUAGCGGCGGAGCCAGGCCAGGCGGAAGCCAGGCAGGCGAUCCGCCAAACGUGGGGCAACGAGAGCCUCACGCCCGGCGUCCACAUCGUCCGCGUGUUCCUGCUGGGCUUAAGCGCCAAGGGCAACGGCUACGUGCAGCGCGCCAUCCUGGAGGAGAGCAGGCAACACCACGACAUCAUCCAGCAAGAGUACUUAGACACUUAUUACAAUUUAACUAUUAAAACACUGAUGGGAAUGAACUGGGUUGCGUCGUACUGUCCACACGCUCCCUAUGUUAUGAAAACGGACAGCGAUAUGUUUGUCAACACGGAGUAUUUGAUACACAAGCUUCUGAAACCAGAACUUCCUCCGAGGCACAAGUAUUUCACGGGUUAUUUAAUGCGCGGUUAUGCACCCAACAGGAACAAGGACAGCAAGUGGUACAUGCCACCCGAUUUGUACCCAAGCGAACGUUACCCUGUGUUCUGCUCUGGAACCGGUUAUGUUUUUUCGGGAGAUUUAGCAGAGAAGAUCUUUAAAGUCUCCUUAAGCAUCAGACGUUUACAUUUAGAGGAUGUGUAUGUGGGGAUCUGCCUUGCAAAGCUGAGAAUCGACCCUAUGCCUCCACCCAACGAGUUUGUCUUCAACCACUGGCGAGUUUCUUACUCCAGCUGUAAAUACAGCCACCUCAUUACCUCCCACCAGUUCCAGCCCAGCGAACUCAUCAAGUACUGGAACCACCUCCAGCAGAACAAGCACAACGCCUGCGCCAACGCGGCCAAGGACAAGGCAGGCAGGUACCGCCACCGCAAGCUGCACUAG